GACAAAGUACUUUCUGAAGGAAUUGGAAAAGAACUUUACCAGCUUCACCUCCUGGGGCAUCAAAUUAAAAGAAACAAUGGAUUGGAAAAGACACCACCAACCGCUAUAGCUCUAACCUCCUCUGACUUCCACUCCACCCCCUGCUAAGCACUCCUGCUUCAUGCCUAAGCUCCCUUGACAGACAGGAACCAUCACAACAAACCACCCCUCUGCGUGAUAGCCUAGGGAGAUCUUGUGGGCAAAGCCUCGCCAGGAGCCAAUCCCGAGGGAUCUCUCUGCACCGUGAACGGGCGAGAAGCUGAAGAGCCAGUCACACGCAGGUUACCCAGCAGAUGCCACUGCCAGAGAGAAGAUACCCAGGAGCGGGAUGCUGGGGAUGGACCUCUUAAAGAUGAAGGCCGUCGAGCCCUACAAAGAAAUCGUGGUGGACUACUUGACCGAAGCCAAGAACUUUGUGAAUGGGCAGUGCACAAAGUUGGAGCCCUGGCAGCUGAUUGCAUGGACUGUAGGGUGGACGCUGCUGGCAGUGUGGCUGUACGGCUUCAUCUUCCAGCCAGAGAGUUUGACCUCAAGAGGCAGGAAGAAGUUCUUCAGAGUUCUCAGGAAAUUGCCCAUUGUCGGGACCUCGAUCCAGAAGAAGUUCAACAAAGUCAAAGAAGACGUGACCAAGAACAUGUCCUUCUUGAAAGCAGGGAAGGGCUACGUGAAGGUGCUGCCCCCAACUGGGCUGAACCAGUCCGAUGUCCUGGACCGGCUUCGGGAGUACAGCUCUAUGGGCGAUGUCCGCUGGCAAGAUGGGAGAGCGUCGGGAGCUGUGUACAACGGGGAAGAGAAACUCACCGAACUCCUCGUACAGGUGUACGGGGACUUCGCCUGGAGCAACCCCCUGCACCCAGACAUCUUCCCUGGGGUGCGCAAGAUGGAGGCCGAGAUAGUGCGCAUGGCCUGCUCGCUCUUUAACGGGGGCCCAAACUCCUGCGGAUCAGUGACCUCUGGGGGCACUGAGAGUAUCUUGAUGGCCUGCAAAGCUUAUCGGGACCUGGCUUAUGAGAAGGGAAUCAAGCACCCAGAGAUAGUGGCCCCAGUCAGCGCCCAUGCCGCAUUUGACAAGGCAGCUCAUUAUUUUGGGAUGAAGCUCGUGCACGUGCCGCUGGACAAGAAGAUGCAGGUUGACGUCCGGGCAAUGAGAAGAGCCAUUUCCAGCAACACCGCCAUGCUGGUCUGUUCCACCCCACAGUUUCCCCAUGGAGUGGUCGACCCCGUAACGGAAGUGGCAAAGCUGGCGGUGAAGUACAGCAUUCCCCUCCACGUGGAUGCCUGCUUGGGCGGUUUCCUGAUCACCUUCAUGGAGAAAGCUGGGUACCCCCUGGAGCAGCAGUUUGACUUCCGGGUGAAAGGUGUGACCAGCAUUUCUGCCGACACCCACAAGUACGGCUAUGCCCCAAAGGGCUCCUCGGUAGUGCUAUACAGCGACAAGAAGUACCGGCACUACCAGUUCUUCGUGGCCCCUGACUGGCAGGGAGGGAUCUACGCCUCCCCGACCAUCGCAGGCUCCCGGCCCGGGGGCAUCAUCGCCGCCUGCUGGGCCACCAUGAUGUACAUGGGGGAAAGUGGCUAUGUGGAGGCCACCAAGAAGAUUAUCAAAACAGCGCGUUACCUCAAAUCAGAACUGGAGACCAUCAAAGGCAUCUUCAUCUUUGGUGACCCCCAGGUGUCAGUCAUCGCCUUGGGGUCCCGGGACUUUGACAUCUUCCGGCUGUCCAACGUGCUCACUGCCAAGGGCUGGAAUCUGAACCAGCUGCAGUUUCCGUCUAGCAUCCACAUUUGCCUCACACAGCUGCACACCAAGCCUGGCGUGGCCACCCAGUUUCUCAAGGAUGUCCGGGAAUCUGUCACCCAAAUCAUGAAGAACCCCAAGGCGAAGACCACUGGCAUGGGUGCCAUCUACGGCAUGGCGCAGGGGGUCCCCGACAGGAAGAUGGUGGCGGAGCUGUCCCAGGCCUUCUUGGACAGCCUUUACAGCACUGAGAACAGCUCCCGGGGUGGCCAGACAAACGGCACCGCCAGCCCCCGUUGACCUCGCCAGACAGGGUCAGUCAGGCCUGCCAGCCCCGGGGAGGGCAUCACAGUCAUCGGAAGGAUCCUUGGGGCGCUGGGACCUUGGGAGACCUCUGGGUCUUUGGGAUUGUCCCCACCUCAACAUUGCCUGUACCUCUAACUCCCCGACACCCACA